UGAACUCGAUUAAAUUACAGAUUUCUAUCCAAGAAUUGAGUACACUGAACUCCAGCUAGGAAUCGGAUCAAGUCGGCAGGCUUGACUCCAAUUCCAACCUAGCUAGCGCGCUGGAGCUACAAAUAAAAGCAGCAUGAAUAUAUCUAGGUUUCUCACAAAUCCAAUCGAUCCCACAACAAUUAAUUAAUAUUGCAGGGUGCCAUCGUGACAUCCUGAUCCCGGAGAGAUCGACUUGCAUAUUCUGCGACAGUUUGAUCAUGGCAAGCUCACCGGACCAACCCAACCAAGAGAAGGAGAAACCGCCGUCGCCGGCAAUGGCUGGAGGCAAGAAGAAGAAGAAGACGACUGCAGGGAGGAAGGUGAGGAUGACACAGGAGGAGAUCGACAGCUACAUCAAUUAUCAGACAAUCAGGAUGCCAGAUGAAAUAUUCCCAAUAGUAAGCAAGGAGAGGUUAGCAUGCACGGACUUGUCUGAUCACAAAGGCGACCUCCCUGUACCCAUGGACCAGAUCGACGAUUACGUCGCCAAGAUUUUUAGGGAGAUAAACCAGAUUGACGAUCAGUUCAUGAAGCAUAGAGACGGGAUCCUGAAUCAGUACUACCGCAAAGGUUACGCGAUGCGAAAGGCCACCGAUGACGAUGAUGAUGAGCAAGAAGAAGAAAAAAAAGAAGAAACAUCGUGGACGCGGUUUUUCUGCACCUAGGUGCAGCAGCACCUAAGCUAAGAGACGUCGAUCUGUGCAGUGAUUCGUGCUGUAUUUCCUGACUUUCCACGCAAUACGCGUACCCUUUUGUACAGCUCGUAGUAUCUAACCUGCAAUGUACAUGUACACAGCUAGGUGCCGGGCCCACCACAUCUGCUGGUCAGGCAAUGCAUUGCUUUGCAUGCUGUAUUGCUGUAGCAAUGGAGCCCACUGCACUGACAUCUGCUACACCAGACCAGUGGAGAGAGGGAGAG